CCCGUUUCCGAUGGGAACGCGCGUGUUGAGGUAUCGUAGUGCCGAACAGAAGAUCGUGUUGUGAUUCCAUAGAAAAAUGUCUGUGAAAUUGUGAAAAAUAGAAUAAUUUUGUUAAAUACUUAAACUUUAGUCUUUUAUAUGGAUAUGCGUUUUUAUGCCUGCUAUCAAUACGAAAGCGAUGUGGUCCCGUAAGCAAUCAGUUUGCAGCGCAGUAAGUGGAGCAUCUAAAUGUGACGAUCAAGAUGCCUCUGGACAACAUAUAUAUCCCUUCGCAAUAGCAUUAAGAGUGAGAGUAUUGCAGAUUGUAUGCGGUAUUGGAGGUGUGGUAGUGGGUGCUGUUGGCUGGUUGGAAGAACGACAGAAACCAGCUCUAGGACUUGGAGUUCCUGCUGGUGCUGUCACCGUUUUAGCUGCCGCAACAUCAAUGUACUUCAGUAGAGGAUUUGGUGGUUGGGUAUCAGCUCGGUCUAAAUCGACGAAGAACUGGGGAGCUCCUUGGAGAGUACUUGGUCCUUCACCAUGCGCAGCCAUUCCUCUUACAAUACUUUGGAUUGUAGCAAUCAUUGCACAUAUUGCAAUGUUGGCUUUCUGCAUCAGAUCUUUGAUGAACCUUGGGUGCAGCAGUCGAACUUGUAUAGGUGUAGCAUCAGCACAGCUGUCAGUGUCCAUCGCAACCCUAGCUGCUGCUCUUUUUAUGCUGCAAAUUGAUUUGCGGUACGAUCCGGCUCUGACGCCGCCACGUCAAUCAGAAGCUAAUAUGUGCACUGGUGUCUCAAUGGUUCCUUUAACUUCCGUGGCAAUCAACAGCGGUAACAGCGGCGAGGAAGGCAGCCCUCUUAGCAAGGAACCCGAACAACCUCCCGACCCACCCACUUGAUGCCAAUAAACCCAUGAUAUAUGGCAUUCGAAUAUUGUAUAUAGAAAUCUUGGAUAAUCUUAUCUAGCCAUCUUUAUUAUACGUUACAAUGAAUUUGCAGUUUCUUUUAAAGUUUUGGUAUAUUUUUGGAAACUAAGUUCUUGUAUUUUUUAUACUUUACAUCUUUUUACGUAUAUGAAAGCAUUGUGGGAGAGCCCUUUUACAUUUUGACUGCACUGAUUAGCUACAGCAAGUUCAGUCAAUAUAGAAAAUAAUCUCUUUAAAUUAUGAAUUCUUUAGAAUAAAUUGCACAACAUAUUGUUUUUGCAGAAAAAAAUGUCCUUCUUAAGUGUAUUAAUAAAAAAUAUGUCGAAUAAUUGUCUUCCUUAUUGUUUUUAUCAACAUUUAUAUGUAUAAGUAAAUACGUAAGUAUUUAAUAAGAUACAAUUUAAUGAACAUGA